AGCCUUUUCCGAGCUCCGUACCACGCUUCGCGGUCGUCUUGCGCCGCCUAAAAACUCCUGGGUCCAUGGGGGCGGGUCACUUGUUUACCCCGGCUGAGCCGGGCAGAUCCGGCCGCAUCGUGGGUCUUGAGAAGGGCCGAAGCGGCUUGUUGGUUCUUGGUUGUUUGCAAGGCCGCAGGCACGACUCCUGGGCCGGGCAAGUGACCAGCUGGUGCCAGGGGGGCUCGGUGCUGGUCCUUGUCCCUCACUCCCACGUCCCGGAGAUCUUGAUGAACAAAAUUAAGCAGACAUAACUGAUCACUAGAAAGAUAAUUUUUACCCUGACAUUUGAAAUGCUUUGUAUUAUAUAGAGUAGCAGUAAAAAUGGAAAAAGAAAAAGUAAAUGAUGUUGGGAAACCAGACCCAGAAAAUUCCUUGGACUUUUCUGAACACUCUAACCAACUUGAAUUGUUGGAAACACAUGGACACCUUAUUCCCACUGGUACUCAAAGUCUCUGGGGAGGGGACUCUGAUGAAGAUGAGGAGCAAGAUGAAAAAAACGAAGAAUGGUAUCAACUGCAAGAAAAAAAAAUGGAAAAAGAUCCAAGCAAAUUGCUUCUUUGGGCUGCUGAAAAAAAUCGGCUUACUACAGUACGGAGGCUACUUUCUGAAAAGGCCACUCAUGUGAACACUAGGGAUGAAGAUGAGUACACCCCUCUUCAUCGGGCAGCCUACAGUGGGCACUUGGAUGUUGUCCGUGAGCUGAUUGCCCACGGGGCCAAUGUUCAUGCGGUGACUGUGGAUGGCUGGACACCCCUUCACAGUGCCUGUAAGUGGAACAAUGCCGGAGUAGCUUCUUUCCUACUUCAGCACGAUGCGGAUAUUAAUGCCCAAACAAAAGGCCUCUUGACCCCCUUGCAUCUUGCCGCUGGGCACCAAGACAGCAAAGAUACCCUAGAACUCCUCCUGAUGAACCGCUACAUCAAACCAGGUCUGAAAAACAACUUGGAAGAGACUGCAUUUGAUAUCGCCAGGAGGACGAGUAUCUAUCACUACCUCUUUGAAAUUGUGGAAGGCUGCACAAACUCUUUGCCUCAGUCUUAAUGGUUCUAAUCGUUUUCUUAAGUUUCUAAGUUAUCAGUGCCUCCUUUGUGUGAGCUGUGAAAUACCCCUAUGGCACAAAGUUGACAUCAAAAGUUUCAAGGCAGAAAUUCAGUGGUACUUUAUAAAGUCCUUCCAAGUGAAUUGCUUGACCUUGAUGUCAAAAUGUAUUUGUAAGUUGUCUGGAUAUAUCUCUAAUGAUUUCUGUGGAGUUUGUGAUUUUUAUCAGAAGUAAUUUUAACUUACCUAUACUUAAAAACUUGGCAUAGGUUGUACAAAAAACUAAUGAUAUUUUUGGUGCUGAUCUGAGAAAAAUGUAUUUUUAAAUAUCUCCCAUCUUGGAUCUUUGUUGAGUAUUUAGUAAUACGUGUAUUUUUAUAAGGUGAGGUAACUCAGAAUUUAAUUUAAAAGUCUUAAAUAUACUGGUGCAGUUUAGCUGUCUUCUCUAUAUUACCAUAGCCAUUUGCUUUCAUUUAAACUGUAAGAACUAAAUUAUUAGUGACUUGAAUUCUCAUGGGUUAAAAAAGCAAAAAAACCCCACAAUCUUUGUCUUUUAGUAUAUAGACCGUUUCUAGGAGAGUAGCUAGUGUUAAAUCCAUGAAUGUUCUAUACUGCCUCCCCUACCACAAUUCACACAACCCUAUGGACAGUCCUACCUCACCCUGGUCCACCUACAUGAUCCUAAAAGGCAAAGUAACAAUGGAAAAGGAAUUUUAAGACUGAGGAAUGAUUAGUAUCUUGGGGGCUGAAACCCAAAAGUGGCUCAGACUUUUUCAAAAAGCCACAGUGGGAUUAGUGACAAAAGCAUAAAUAUAAAUAUUAAAAAUAAAUAAAAGUUUUGAAUGACAAAAA